AUGAAGCGCUUCUGCAUCCCUACUCUGGCCGCAGUGUCGUUUGCCCGUACCUUCUUCGGUAAGGGCUGGGACAAUGCUGCACUGGACACCAUAUACAGCUGCAUGCUGCGCAAGCCGGAAGUGAACGACCGGAUUCGCACUCAGUACGCCUCCACGAUGGACCCUCGCGACGCCGAUGUGCUCCGCCGCCUCGGUGAGGUGUCGAAGGAAAACAAGACGUUUAUUCGCGUGUUUCUUCCCCCGCAUCUCGGUGAUCCCCAUCGCCUACUGAAGUGCUACAGCCUGAUGGCGUACCCUAUUCUCGAUGACAAGGGUGGUCAGCUGAAGGUAGAGAUGGAUGGCUGCAAGCUGGACGCAUUCGCCGACCCUGAUGACGACUACUCCAAGGUGGUGAUUCCACAUAUGGAGCUAGUCGAGUAUCUCGCCAAGUCUCUUUUGGAGACGAUGAAGUGGGAGGCUACUCCCCGCGGCGCUGCCUCGCUGCUGGAGUCGCUGUACCGCGGCGCCGAGAUUCCGGACCACGUGUUCCAGACGCCCGCUGUGAUCGAGCGUCUGGAAAGCUACAAGGACGCUAACAAGGUCAUCAACUAA